CGUCUAAUCCAUAUAAUUUUGAAUUUAAAUCAAUUAAUCCUCGUUUACUAUUUAUAUCCAAACAAAACGAACACUUUGGAACAUCCAUGGCUUCGUUCUAUUUUCCCGGUCUUUUCUGCUGAUUUUUUUAAAAGCUUGAUGAGAAUUUCUUCUAUUUUAUGUUUUGUCUUAUUUCGAAUGAAUUUCAUUUAAACCUGCAAAAUUUUGAAAAAAAAAGUUGACACUGAAAUUCUAUGUAAAAAUGCA